UACUCCAUUGACCAUCUUGAUUUGUUAUGGGACAAACACGAAACACACAACUCCGACAACUAAAGUUGCGUUUUAUACUUUAAGUGUUACUCAAUUUUCAAAUUCAACAAAAAACAAAUUUUCUCUCGGCAAAUCGAAUUCGAUUACUUUUUUUAUUAGUCUGUUGUUGUCCAGCUUUAUCGUCAGUAGCAGUCGUGUGUCGUUAGUGAACGAAUAGUGAUGAACUUGGAAAUGAGAGCUUGCUAUUAGCUGUCUGGCUGGUUAAACAAUUUGGUUGCUGUCCAGCAUGUGCCUGAUAAUCAAACAAAAUGAAUAAACUUCUUUUUGUGCCUUGAAUGAUCAGCAACUGUCAUCUGAUGGCAAGAAUUCUCUACAGUAUUUGGUGCUUGUGUUAUUCAUGAUUCUGGAUACAAAUUGAAGUUUACAAAGGAAGAUGUUUAGUAAGAAGGCUAGCAUUGAUGUUAAGAAAUCUACACAAAAGUUCUUGGAUGGAAAACGUGACAUUCCUACAAGGUUUAGGCAUCUAAAAAUUGUUUUGGAUCAUGCUGAACCUAAUGACGCUAAGUCGUUACUUGAGACCUACUACAGUCCAGUUUUCCACAUAUUUUAUGAUUCUUUUACCACAACAGAAUCAACACUUAAGCAAAAAAGCCACCGAGUACAAAGAGAGGAGUUGGAUACAGUGCUUGUCUUGCUAGAAAAGAUUUUGCUACUUCUUCCUGAACUCCUCCAGAAAAGAUGGCAGAAACAUGCCCUUACUCGUUUAUUCAAGCGACUGUUGCAUCCUGCCAACAACACAAAGCUCAGGAAAGAUUCCAUGAAAUUGUUUAUUUUGUGGUAUCAAAUCCUUGGUGAACAAGCAGAUAGUGGAAUUCACUCCAUGUUUGCUUGUUUAGUUCCAGGAUUUCCAAAUCAGCCUGCUAUUGUUUACCCCAGUAUUGGUCUUAGUGAGUUUCUUCAUGAUGUUGCUACUCCAACAGAGCUCUUACCGCUUAUUCCACCACAAGCGGGUGAAAAAGGGAUUGACGAUUCUUGCCGAUUCUUUUUGGACUCGUUGAUGGAGUUUAUGAUUACCCAGGUGAUGCGGAUUGAAUGGAGGGAUAAACAUUUGGGUCGUCCACAGCGUUGUUUCUCAUUUCUGCUUCAGAAAUUUCAAACAUUCUUCUUACCACACAUAUUUCCGGAAAUUUCCGAUCGUACUAACGUCUAUAGACCUGAUUUGGACAUCUCAGACCUUCGGCGCCUUGGUCCUAACGACCCUAGCAGCAAUGCCAAACAGCCUUUCAUUUGCUGUCGAGUUGUUGUGUUAAAAUGGUUAGCGAAUCUCACUCAUGUCCCUCAAUCUACCCAUCAUCACGAUGUCAACUUUGCAACUUGUGCCGCAGUUCUUCCGCAGCAUAUUGGGUCCCCUGCUAUGGAGUCCUCUUUCUACAGUCAAAUAUCAGAAAGGGAAGCCCCGACGUACAUUAGCGAACAGCACCGUAAUGAAGUAACCGUUGUCCAAGACGUGCUCUUCGGUACUCGAGAGAACGUUAACCUUGUGGUAGAAUUGUACCGCCAGGCAUUUCUGUUGCCUUUACAGCAGUCGCCGAGUAUUCGGAAAAUUCUGUCGCUGUAUCGGGAUUGGAUACACAGAAAGGUUGAUGCUCCUCCUUUCAUGCAUGAGCCAAUAGAAGAUUCGGUUUCACAGCGAAAUGCUUCCAGAGAACACACUAAUGUUUAUGCUGGAAUGCAGAAUGUUUUGCAAAUCUUCAUCACACAAGUGGCCAGUGUUUUUAUGAGUUGGGUACCGCCGGGGUCAUUGGUCUUUCUGGAAGAACAGGUUGACAUAUGUAAACGAGUUUUGAAUAUUUAUCGCUACAUGGUCAUGAAUUCACCGAUGGAACAAAAAACUUGGGAGCAAUUACUGUUAGUGUUGUUGCAAGUCACUUCGCAAGUUCUGGGUAACAAAGUACCUGACAAGAAAGAGGAUACACUGGGUAACCGUCUAGCCCCCGCUUUGUUCCAGACUCUUAUUGUUACUUGGAUACGAGCAAAUCUUAAUGUUGUAAUCACGGUGGAUCUCUGGGAUCAGUUUGUCCUAACUCUAUCAGGAUUGACAGUUUGGGAAGAGUUGAUUCGAGAAUGGGCGAAAACGAUGGAUAUACUAACUAGAGUUUUGGCCAAGAACCUGUAUCAUUUGGACUUGAGUGACCUUCCAUUGGAUCGAUUGAGUGAACAGAAGGCCAAAAAAAGAAGAGCUGGUCGCGUAGAACUGCUGUCUAGUUUAGGUCCGUUCCCGCAGAACAUCCAGCCACGCAGCGGUCAUAUCAAUACACCAGCCACUACUCCAGUAUCUUCGCCAGCCGUGACGAACCUUGAUGCAACUGGGCAUCACUCCGGUAAUUCCAAUCCUGCCCAAGACGAGACCCGAUCAGCUAGUGGUUCUGUGAGAUCACGAAAUUCUGUCAUGACUCCUGGUCACCUCGUUCAUCCUCAACGCACUCGACAUAGCAGCUCCGGUGACACCUCGUUAAAAACUACAGAGAUGUGGAAUAUUCCUCGCACUAAGAAAGUGGAACGGAGUCGCAGCGAGGGUAACUUUGCGCGCAAAUACCGUAUCAACGGUCCCAGAAAUCAAGCCAAACGCUACGGUCACAUCACUGUUCCAACUUUGCCGACUUCAGUGGAGAAUAAAAUUACGCGUAUGCUAACAACCGAAAGUCCAUCCACUGCGCAACUUUUGCGACGUCCCCUACAGCCUCGAAAGCAGUUUUUUAGAAAGCGUUCUCGUUCUAUGAAUUCUAUCAAGCACUUAAAAGGAUUGGAGGAGAGUAAUCGUUAUUCCGAUUCUGAAACUGAAUCUCGUUCUCCAUCACCAUCGAGUGGCGUCGAAACAAAUUCGUUUAAGGAUUCGCCAAUGCAAAUUGAUGUUAUGGGUUUGGAUCAGGGAUAUGAUGCUGUUGAUGGUGAUGCUUCGCACAAUCGAUCUGUUAUGUUUGGAGGAAAGGCAAAAGGUUGGCUUCCAGAUGUGGCUGUUGUGAUGUGGCGUCGGAUGCUUGGGGCUUUGGGCGAUCCAAAUGAAGUUCGCAACCCUCAGAUCCAUGCUGCAAUUUUCGAUUAUUUAGUCGAAUUGGGUUCUAUAUUAAUUAAGAUUCGUCAAAAUCAAGGAGUUAGCUUGGAUAAUGUGUCCACACCACCUCUUCCGGCUUUCGUCCCACCCAUUCUGAUUCUUGUUCCAUGGUGUCAAAAGGCGUUGGCAUUACCUAAUUCUUACCACAAAGGGAAAAUAAUGGCGCUGCGUCUACUUUGCACAGUAGUAGUCCGGCCCCAUGAUAUUCCCUUACCACGAAAUCAACUUUUGCUCUUUUUUCGGGCUAUCCAUCACGCCCUAGUCGGGCAAGAUCAAGAUGCUAUCAAUACCGUCAUCAAAUAUUGUGGUGCACGCUUCUUUUCCCUCCAACAACCCGGUUAUUCUUUGUUAAUGUUAGAUUUCCUUCAUGCAGCAAAUACUAUAAUAUCCAACAAUGAUCUAAAAGGAAGCUCACGAGUGGAGGCCAUUUCUGUAGUUGGAUCAUUGCUUUUCUUUCCCGAAAGUCUUCCUAAUUCGCCUGUACUUCAGCCAGUACCCAACGAGUACAACCUUAUCAACUGUAACGACAUCAAAGAACAUAUCGUGGCCUUGGUAUUAAAAUCGGCCAAACGUGAAGCCACCAGUGUUGGCCGUUGCGUUGCCAUUUCCAGUCUGGCCGUUUAUGUUUACUGCCAGUUGGCUCACGGCACAAAGCACUCUAAAGUCAAGGAAGCUAUUGCCGUCCUUUUGGCUGUACUCAAGCAGUGCAUUCCCACCACCCAACCAAAGUCCUCCUCAAAUUCGGAGUUCAAAAACCGUCUAAUUGGACAAGUGGCGUGUGAUAUGCUCCUUCUUCUUUGCGACCACGCGGAUUACCUUCUCGAACACUACCCAGACGUUCCCCAAGCAAUAGUUGAAGACUUGUCUCAUACGCUUUCGGCUCUGACAUCGAAUCACGGCUGCAACGAUCAAACGAAACGGUUGCUCCUGUCGUUGUCCAUCUGCCUGGGAGAAUGGUGCAUGCGGGUGCCAUACGAAGUUCUGUUGAAGCCCUUGGCUCAAGCAAAAUCACCACCUCUGUUAGAAACUGUUUUCCGCGUUCUGAAAUCAGUAGCUACUGGAAGUAACAUUGGCGGAACAGCACAUGUGGCAGGGAGUCGACCAUUAGACAUUGAAGAUGCAGACCCUAGUGUUGAUAAUGUUGGAGAGCAUCUAUCCACUCUGAGCCCGCCACACUCACCUCUCUCUAGUCCAACCAAGGAUGGCUACAAUCAGAGAUCGCCCCAUGCCAAGGUGGCACCUGCCCCUGGCGAGAACGAAGCUAAUAUACGAUCUGUUCGAUUGGCUGCUCGAAUGGUAAUGGAACAUUUGAUCAUCCAUCUUGGUCAUUUCCCUAUGGGAAUUGGUGCUGCCCGAUUAAGCUCAAUGGUCUGUGAACACGAUGACCUUCCCCACUUUCAGGGCGAUGAACUCUCGGCCGAACUCUUUCACUCUCCGUCAGUCCAGUUCUUUAUGUUAAAUAAGGAUACUUUGAUGUCGUUGGUGGAAUUGCCAACCUUAGAAGCGCCUCCAGGGAGUGCAUUGUCCGGCCUUCAAACCGCUCGUUCUCAGGUACGAAUCAUUUUGAGAAACCUCGGCGGGAAAUUCUGUUGGGAUUCGUCGAUAUUAUAUUCACUCAAGGAUGAUUCGACCCUCACACGACCAGUAAAACCACCGCCGCCAUUAAUAAACACUCGCGCUUUCCAACACGAAGAGUUGAUGACAUCUUCGUUCAUUGGCGGGGACGGAGCCAUUAUCCAGCCGUCUCCUCCGCGGCUUUCGGUGCGUCAUCGGCCUCCUAAUUCCAUGCCCAGAUGGGAGGACACGGCCGAAGAUAUGGAUAAUCUUGAGGAUCUUCUGUUGUUCAUUGGACACACAAGUCCUGAAUGCAUUCCUGCUGGAAGACAAGCUGAUACAUUGACUACACCACCUCCGCCUCCACCGACUAUGUUGCCAGAACAAGAGGAAGAAGCUCUCAAUGCUUUGCUCCACCAGAAACACAUUGAACUCGAUUUUUAUCAAAAGCAUUCUAACGAUCAGUGGAUGAGAGGACGUCCGGCUGAAGAACCCAUUCCGGAAGAUCCACAGUCUCCCUUCCAGUUUAGCCGUAUGCUUUUUUCUCAACUAGGGUUAACUUCAUGGGAUAAACGAGGCCAAGUGCAAUUGUUGAAGAAAUGCGACAAACUUCUCCGGGAGUUGAAAAAUCUGGACAGUCAAAAAUGCCGAGAGACGCACAAAAUCGCCGUCAUCUACGUUGGAGCGGGUCAAGAGGAUAAAAAUUCCAUUCUUACCAAUUCUGGCGGAAGUCAGGCUUUCGAAGACUUUGUCGCUGGAUUAGCAUGGGAGGUUGAACUGGAAACGCACACUGGCUUUCUUGGUGGUUUGCAGCGGAACCGUUCUACCGGUGAAACGGCCCCUUACUUUGCCACUUCUUUGACGGAAGUGAUCUUUCACGUAUCGACUAGAAUGCCUUCGCACAAUCAAGAUGCUCUCCUUCAAAAAACGCGUCAUUUGGGUAACGAUGAAGUUCACAUUGUCUGGUCGGAACACAGCCGAGAUUAUCGAAGAGGAAUAAUACCAACCGAGUUUUGCGAUGUUCUCAUCACUAUCUAUCCACUGCCGAAUCAAUUGUUCCGUAUUCAGAUUUCCCGCAAACCAGAUGUUCCAUUUGUUGGCCCCCUGUUCAACGAGUGCAUAAUAGACAAACGAGUUCUUCCAGGGCUGGUACGCGCUACGGCACUGAAUGCAUCAAGGGCCACACGUUCCACUAUUCCAUACUUCCACACUUUUUAUGAAGAAAGAUACAAGGCGUUGGAAACGAUUACGCAAAACCUUCAAGAGCCAGCGACGUUCGAGGACUUCUGUGCGCAACUUUGUUGCCCAGGUGUACCGGUGCCCACAGGGGGAUCAUCCGGCAACCUAUCAGGCUCGUUCUUCAAUACCAUGGAUUUGCCUGCUAAUCCCUCCUCAGGUCCUCCUUCAAGUUCGGGUGGUCACGUAACUUUCUCGUCUGACACGUCUUACGGCUUUCCGGCAUCCAUCUUCCGUCACAAUUCUGGCCAAGACAAACAAAGAGGAUUCGAAGGCGCCACCAGCAGUGCUGAUAUUGAGGAACCACACUACGCUUCGCCCAAAGCAAAUAAACGGCUUUCGUUCAAACACACAUCACGUAAAAUUUCAGGCUUUGGUAAUCCAGAUUCUUAAAGAGUGAAAAUAACUGAAACAAAAAGUGUCUUGAUGAUCGACGAGUGAUUUGACAUUCCACACACAUUUCGACGAAGUAAAUUAUACUUGUACAGUAUAUUAUGCAAUUUUUCAAUAGCUUCAACGCUCCCCAGUUCACGUCUUUCAUCUCUUAAUUGUUACUGAAUAAGAUUUAUGAAAACGCAAAAUGGAAAAAAAAAAUAGGAAACAGACGUGCAAUCAGGUGUAUCGCGAGCUCGCUUCACAUGACAAGUCCCCCCAUCGCAGAUCACAAGCUCAAAAACAUAUAUACACACACACACAUUCAGACAACUCGUCAAAAUUCGCUUCAUUUGAUUUUUGAUUCUUUUGUUGUUCAUUAUUUUCUGUUUUGUUUGCGGAGCGGAAUGUUUUGUAGUGUUAAAUAAUCAAUCCAGCUACCUCUCGUUCUUCCCUUAUUGUUGUUAGCAUCGCGUGUUGUUACUUUGCCAGCGUGAUUCUUUGAACAACAGUACUUUCUUUACAGCUCCUUUGAUUCACUUUCACUCUUCCUUUUCUCUCCACUUCCAAACUCUCUUGAUUUUCUACCGCUCACUUGUUUAUUUGUUUGUGUUUUGUGCCCAUAUUUAUAUAAAGAAAAACCAUUACGGUGUGUUGUUUCUCUUAUUGUUUACCUUUAAUAAACAACAAAUCCGUGGCGACAUCGCCAUGGGAACAUUUGUUUGAUCGUUA